AUGCACUUUUUCUACACUGCCGCAGUCGCUUUGACAGCUAUCAACUCUGCUCUUGGCGUCCCACUCAAGAAAAGAGACACCGUCUACAAAAUCGUGGAUCUCAACCAAACCUAUACCGGUUAUUACUUGACAGUCAAUGAGGCCCAGGGCAACGGUGGCGAAUACAGCGCCGACGAGGAAAGUCAGGCCGAGAUCAACUUCGAAUACGCCGCUGAAACCGCUGGCGACGGCUCCACAAGUUUCACUUCUGAAUCCGCCGGAAGUCAGGGGGAGACUCUCACUUUCAGAACAAUCCUCAACCAAGGCACGGUACACGACGUGCAAGACGACGACUGCACUUAUAUCGCCGAGGGCUUCUUCGCCUUCCGUGACCAACAGCCUGGCCAACCCUACUCUUUCGCAAUCAACCUUUUCACGGGAGAUCCAAACGGCGAAAAUGGCAACAUUGGAUCUAUCACUCUUUCCCUUUCUUAG